AUGUACCUGCUUAGCUUACUGGGAAACCUCUUGAUCAUGUUGUUGAUCUUCUUCAACAGCAACCUUUUCCACAUCCCCAUGUAUUUCUUCCUCAGUCAUUUAUCAUUGGCUGACCUGGGAUUCAGUUCCAAUGCUGUACCCAAGAUGUUACAAAUCUUGGUAUCCCAGAAAAACACCAUAUCCUACAGUGGAUGCCUCAGUCAAAUGUAUUUCUUUGUGGUCUUUUGUACCACUGAUAACUUUCUCCUUGCCUCCAUGGCAUAUGACCGCUAUGUGGCUAUUUGCCGUCCACUUCAUUAUACUACAAUCAUGAGCUACAAGCAUUGCCUGGUUUUGGCUGCUGGUGCACACAUCACUACUGUGGCCUUGUUCUAUGGGACUCUGAUUGGCACCUACAUCCGUCCAUCCUCCACCUAUUCUGGUUCCAGAUUGAGAGUGGCUUCAAUAUUCUACACAGUGGUGACCCCCAUGCUCAAUCCUUUCAUAUACAGCCUGAGGAACAGUGAGAUUCAUGUGGCCAUGAGGAAAUUACUAAGGGUUUGGAUGCAGAAGAGGGAAAUCAAAGCAGAACUGAGAUUACCACAUAAUAAGUCUGGAGCCAGUUUGGAAAACAAUAAGCAUGGCUGCCAGUAG